ACUAUGGGAGCCAAUUUAUCAAAAGCUUUAUCAAAAAUGUUUGGUAGCAAAGAGAUGCGUAUUCUAAUGUUGGGCUUAGAUGCUGCUGGCAAAACAACCAUUCUUUACAAGUUGAAAUUAAACCAAUCUGUUACUACCAUUCCCACUGUGGGCUUUAACGUGGAGUCAGUCACCUAUAAAAACGUCAAGUUUAACGUCUGGGAUGUAGGAGGACAGGACAAGAUUCGUAACUUAUGGAGACAUUAUUACACUGGAACACAAGGCUUAAUCUUUGUUAUUGAUUCUCAAGAUCGAGAUCGUAUUGAUGAAGCUCGUCAGGAAUUACAUCGUAUUCUGUCCGAUCGAGAAAUGAAGGACUGUCUCUUGUUGGUGUUUGCCAAUAAGCAGGAUUUACCUGGUGCCAUGUUACCUCAAGAAGUCACGGAGAAAUUAGGUUUAGACAAGAUGAAGGAAAGACCGUGGUAUGUCUAUCCUUCCUGUGCAACCACAGGUGAUGGUUUAUUUCAAGGCUUGAAUUGGUUGAGUCAAAAUGUAAAGUCCAAGUAAAAAAAAAAAAAAAUUCAUACAGCAGAAGAAGCAACACACAUAAAAAAAAAAAAAAAAAAAAAAAGAGAAACAUAUAACAAACAACCAAUUUUAAUAUUAUUAUACUUUAUUCCCUC